CAGAUGAUAAACAGCAUGCCCAAAGGAAAACUGAUUCCUCUUCUGGAAUCAGCAAACCUUUACUAGCAACAAAGUUAAAACACCUGAGUAGAGGAAAUGGGGCUGGUUAUCCAAAACGUCAUACCCA